CCCAGCGCCGAGGCAGAUUGCCCGCUCGCUGGUUUUCUACUAGAACCAAUAGUGUCAGGAGGGUCGAGAGAUGUCCUGUCCAAGGCUAUGGGUGACCAGGAGACCUUUGUCUCUCACUGCAUUCUCUCAUCUGAACAAGGACCAUACAGCCUUAUUCCUGGAUGUAUAACAGGAUCUUGGUAGUUCCACGUCUCAGGGUUGUGCCGUGGGGCACUCUUUCCCUAGUAUGUUCUCGUCCAGGGGCUCUUCAUCACCUUAACCAAAUCCUCACCUAGGUCUACCUUCGGCAGCAAUAGGCCUCUCAUUCAUUGUUGUACUUGUGGGCCACAUUCAAGACUUUUUCGGCUAUGUUAAAAAAUCUCCAAUAUAAAGUGUAAAUGAUUGCCCAUAGAUUGUAUAAAAAUCUUGGGGUGGGAGUGGGGGUUUGUUGUAGGGUGGUAGGGUUUUCAGGAGCAGGAAGCAUGUGGGCUGCACCUUGUGCUAAGAUUCCCAUAGUCCUCCUGGGCUAGGCUAGAGCCUAGGGGUCAAGAGGGGCCCCGACUCAGGAGAGAGUUUGGAAACAUUGGCUCUGGGAACAGAAGGUGGGAGCAGGGAGUUAGGUGGGGGGUUGGGCGGUGGUGCUUACCAGCAUCAUCGAUCCUAGUAGCCCCCGGGGUUAAGGACAUGCCCUGGUUGGUGGGGAGCACGAAAAGGUUUGCGUACAUGGUGGAGGAUCAGAAAGACUUGCCAAGACGGCGGGGCGGGGCCUCGUGCCCUCGUGCUUGCCCGUGCGGACCUCACCGCCAGGGGGCGCCCACGAGAGCGCGCGGCCGCGGCCUGAGCUUGGCCCCUGCGGGCCGCCGUCGCCGCCCCGGCAUUCCGCCGCCGGUUCGGCCGAGCGGCGUCGGCUCCCGCGGCUCUGGGCGGCGCCGCAGUCGGACCCAGGGCGCCCGCUGGCCCACGGAGGCGGCGACGACGACGAUGGCCCCCUGAGCAGGUCGGCGCCAGGUAGCGGCGGGCGGGCGGGAGCCGCGGCCCUGCCCGCGUCGGAGCCCAGGCUGGUCGCGCGUCUUUGUCUCUCCGGGCGGAAGUGGGACGCGCGGCGGGGACGCGGCGGCCGCACCAUGAGCGACAUCCGCCACUCGCUGCUGCGGCGCGACGCGCUUAGCGCCGCCAAGGAGGUGCUGUACCACCUGGACAUCUACUUCAGCAGCCAGCUGCAGAGCGCGCCGCUGCCCAUCGUGGACAAGGGCCCCGUGGAGCUGCUGGAAGAGUUCGUGUUCCAGGUGCCCAAGGAGCGCGGCGCGCAGCCCAAGAGACUGAAUUCGCUCCAGGAGCUCCAGCUUCUUGAAAUCAUGUGCAGUUAUUUCCAGGAGCAAAGCAAGGACUCUGUGCGGCAGAUCAUUUUCUCCUCCCUUUUCAGCCCCCAAGGGAACAAAGCCGACGACAGCCGGAUGAGCUUGUUGGGAAAGCUGGUCUCCAUGGCCGUGGCUGUGUGUCGGAUCCCGGUGUUGGAAUGUGCGGCCUCCUGGCUCCAGCGGACGCCUGUGGUCUACUGCGUGAGACUUGCUAGGGCCCUAGUGGAUGACUACUGCUAUUUGGUGCCAGGCUCGGUUCAGACGUUGAAGCAGAUCUUCAGUGCCAGUCCCCGUUUCUGCUGCCAGUUCAUAACGUCCGUGACUGCGCUCUAUGACCUGUCUUCAGAUGACCUCAUCCCACCUUUGGACUUGCUUGAAAUGAUUGUCAGCUGGAUUUUCGAGGACCCGAGGUUGAUUCUCAUCACGUUUUUAAAUACUCCCAUUGCUGCCAACCUGCCCAUAGGCUUCUUAGAGCUCACACCCCUCAUUGGGUUGAUCCGCUGGUGCGUGAAGGCCCCUCUGGCUUACAAAAGGAAGAAGCCUUGCCUCUCCAACGGCCACAUUGGUCACAAAGCCGCCAAGGACUCAGGCACAGGCACGGACAGAGACUCACACCUGCUGUACUCGAAGCUCCACCUGAGUGUCCUGCAGGUCCUUAUGACGCUCCAGCUGCACCUGACUGAGAAGAAUCUGUAUGGGCGCCUGGGACUCAUCCUGUUUGACCACAUGGUCCCACUUGUAGAGGAGAUCAACAGACUGGCAGAUGAACUGAACCCCCUCAAUGCCUCCCAGGAGAUCGAGCUCGCACUGGACCGCUUGGCCCAGGCAUUGCAGGUAGCCAUGGCAUCAGGAGCCCUGCUCUGCACGAGAGAUGACCUGAGAACCUUGUGCUCCCGGCUACCCCACAACAACCUGCUCCAGCUGGUGAUCUCAGGCCCAGUGCAGCAGUCGCCACACACCGCCCUUCCCCCUGGGUUCUACCCGCACAUCCACACACCCCCGCUUGCCUAUGGGGCUGUGCCAGCCCACCCAGCUGCCCACCCAGCCAUGCCUACGCACCCAGGGCACACCUUCAUCUCAGGCGUAACAUUUCCAUUCAGGCCCAUCCGCUAGGCUGGCCAUUCUGAGCCGCCAAGCGGCUGUGUGCCUUGCACCUGGGCCAAGGAAGCCUUCAGAGAGGGGUGCUGGCCCCAUGAACAAGGACCCCUGGAAGGCAGCAGGUGGUCCUUCCAGCGGGCAGAACCAUCUUGGUACUGAUGUCCCAAGUUGCUGUUGCCUGGGUGCUUCCUACCUGGUCAUGUUAACUAUCCAGAUUGGAUGGAUGAAAGGGAGCGCACUCAGCCCGCUGCAGGGAGCUCUGCGGGUGGUUUUAAAUAUGCCAGUCCCAGAGUGAUGGCGUCUCUCACGCGCAGACACUCUCAGCCCGCCACCAGGGAAUGCUGGCGGGUAAGCCGCCUCUCGGGUCCAUGUGCCCUGCCUCAGGAAUGUGACGUGUCUCUGCCACUAACCCAAGUUUUCGGCAGCUCCAUGAGCUCAGAGUGCGGAGGGAGAGACCCACGCUUGUAUGCAGCACUGGGCACUGCUCAGGGACACCUGUUGGGAUUCCCCGUCACCUUGGAAAGGAUCUUCUGUGUUUUAUUUGGAGGUAUCUCUAAAUUUUCCUUUCAUGUGUUGAAAAUAAAUUUUUUCUAAACAGUUU